AUGGCGCUUCCUACGGCCCGCUUGAACGAUAAGGCUAAUUACGACUAUCCCAAGGAGCCGCCACUGGGCGAAGUUUUUACGGCAUGUGUCUUUGGCCAUUACGUAUUAGCUCACGAACUUCUUCCUCUGCUCUGCCGCCAAUCCGAAACCGAGACACCAGGUCGUUUGAUCUGGUCUAGUAGUCUUGAAGCUAUUGAGCGUGUCCUGGACAUGUCUGACUUUCAAGGCUUCAAAUGUGACGGCCCGUACGAAUCCGCCAAGCGAGUAACGGAUAUUCUUUCUCUUACCGCGACCCUUCCCGCUUCUCUACCGUCGUCAAAUCGUUUCUUCACCCCUGACGAUCCUGCUGAAGCCCGUGCCAAGCCCAUCCGGCCGCGCAUGUACCUCACUCACCCGGGUAUCGUUGCCAGCACUCUGUUUCCCGUUCCUUGGUUUUUCAUGUGGGCGUACGAGCUUGCGCUCUUGAUAAGUCGUUGGAUUGGUUCACCUUGGCACAACACAGACAGCUAUACUGGUGCCAAGUCGCCAGUUUGGAUUGCCCUACAGGAACAAUCUGCGCUUGAUGAACUAGACGCUGAGCGCAUCAAGUGGGGCAGCAGCUCAAACCGUCACAUGCAAGUUGAGGUCAAAAAGACAGAAGUUGAAGGAUGGGGCUGGGAGGGCAAGGUGGAAGAUGCAGCGGCACUCAACGCUGAUACCGCCGUUGGUGUUUUCAAAAAGACAGUUGGGCGUAAAAGGGGAGCUGUUGACGUUACCAAGGAAGAUAUCGUUAAGUUUGAGGAACUUGGUGCUGAAUCAUGGAAAAAUAUGGAAGACAUGCGACAUGAGUGGGAGAAUAUUCUUGGCGUCAAAAAGGCAUAG